CCCACCUCAAGAACAUCACAUCUACUCAUCCACUGCAUAAUGGCUUUACUCGUCGACAAGUUGCGUCCGCGGACGCUCGAUGCGCUCACAUACCACCCCGACCUGUCUGAUCGUCUCCGAUCUUUGGCUCAGAGCGGAGAUUUCCCCCAUCUGCUGGUCUAUGGACCAUCGGGUGCUGGCAAAAAGACACGUAUUAUCGCCACUCUCAAAGAAUUAUACGGCCCCGGUGUUGAGAAGAUCAAGAUCGACGCGCGAGUCUUCCAAACUACGAGCAACCGCAAGCUCGAAUUCAACAUUGUCUCGUCCGUCUACCACCUCGAGAUUACUCCUGCCGAUGUCGGAAAUUAUGACCGCGUGGUGGUUCAAGAAUUGUUGAAGGAAGUCGCCCAGACACAACAGGUGGAUCUGUCCGCGAAGCAACGAUUUAAGGUCGUCGUGAUUAAUGAAGCCGACCACCUCACUCGUGACGCACAAGCUGCGCUGAGACGUACCAUGGAGAAAUACAGCCCGAACCUGCGAUUGAUUCUCCUGGCCAACAGCACUUCCAACAUCAUUGCGCCUAUCCGCUCGCGUACCCUGCUGGUCAGGGUAGCUGCGCCGACUGAAAAUGACAUUUGCUCCGCACUGCGAAUCGCCGCUAAGCGGGAGGGAUGGACAGAGGCUGAUGGCUUGAACAAGAGAAUUGCGAAGGAGAGUGGCCGGAAUCUUCGCCGUGCAUUGCUCAUGUUCGAGUCAAUCUAUGCGCAGAACGAGAAAGUGACGGACAGCACCCCAAUUCCGCCUCCUGACUGGGAGGCACUUAUCUCAGUCACAGCAGACGACAUCAUAAGGGAACGAACACCCGCCCAGCUUUUGCAAGUGCGCGCACGGCUUUAUGACCUUUUGACGCAUUGUAUUCCCCCGACAACGAUCCUCAAGACAUUGACAUUCAUGUUGGUGUCAAAAGUUGACGACGUGCUCAAACCGGAUGUGAUCAAAUGGUCUGCCUUCUACGAGCACCGAAUUAAGCUUGGUAGUAAGGUGAUCUUCCACCUCGAGGCCUUCGUUGCCAAGUUCAUGCGCAUUUACGAGAGUUGGACUAUGGGCAUGGACUUCGAGUGAAAUUGACUUCAGAAAAUGGAUCAAUGAAUGAUGAUUGUACACUACGCGGUGAGCAUCAGCUCGUGGUCCGGUUUUUUUUCUGGGCACCGGCAGGUUGUGUGGGAUUCGACAUGGUUGGAUCUCUAAUGCUCGCCUCCAUUCCUUUUUUUAUCAGAUAUCUCUGGGCACAUCGUGGCAUUUUGAGUUGGAUUCGGGCGUUUCUACUUGCUUGUUAUGAGCUACGCAUUAAAUAUUCGAGCAUUUGCCUAUUCUACUUUGUCUCAAAUUUUUGUAAAAGUCUGCGCACCCGAACUUGCCUUUUAGCCUUCGAUUGAUAUCUUGACAAUGUUAAAUCACAC